CCAACUUCCACCAUGUCUCUCACCGAGCUGCCCCCGCUGCCCUAUGACUACAGUGCGUUGGAGCCGUACAUAGAUGCGGAGACGAUGACCAUUCAUCACACCAAGCACCAUGCGACCUACGUGAACAACGUCAAGGGUGCAUUGGAGAAGUUCCCUGAGCUCAAGGACCUGGGACUGGUGGAUCUGAACAAGGCUGUGGGCACCGAGAAGAUCCCCAAGGAAGUUGCCACCGUGAUCCGCAACAAUGGUGGCGGUCACUACAACCACAGCUUCUUUUGGAAGGUCAUGGGCAAGCCGGGCGACAACAACGGCCCUUCUGCUGACCUCAAGGCUGCCAUCGACAGCUCCUUUGGGUCCCUGGACGAGAUGAAGAGCAAGUUCAAUGCAGCGGCUGCCGGGCGCUUUGGCAGCGGAUGGGCCUGGCUCAUCUCCAAGAAUGGCGGUGGCCUGGAGAUCACAUCCACUGCCAACCAGGACAACCCUUUGCAGGCAAUUGUGGAGGACAAGGGCAUCCCAAUCCUGGGCCUUGAUGUCUGGGAGCAUGCAUACUACCUCAAGUACCGCAAUCUGAGGCCUGCUUACAUCUCUGCAUGGUGGAACGUUGUCAACUGGGAGCAGGUCAAUGCCAACUUUGAGGCGGCAAAAAAGGGGGCAGUGCCAAUCUAAGCAGACUGUAGCUUCAUGGGGUCAUGCUUCAUGGGUGGUGGUUAAUCGAUGGGCCUUGCAUUUGGCAUUGAUCGUCAUUUUAAGUGCACUCACAUGAGGAGAAAAUUGCAAUGUGGAGAUUUUGACUUAGCAUACACGUCCUGGUGCUAGUGUUCAAACCCCAGCAACAAAAUAUCCUGAUGUCAACAGAAUGCUUUGAAGCAUUGCUUCGAAUUUGUUGUAACAGAGGCAGUGCUUAAUUUCUCUGGUUCUGUUACGUGACCAUGUAAUACUCAUCAGUGUGUCUGAUGCUCAGACAAGAAGUCAAAUGUAACCUGUCCUUUUC